GCAAUGGAUGGCAAGGAGUGUAUAGGUGCUAUAGUGUGUAAGCUAGAUCUCCACAGAAAAGGGAUAAAGCGUGGCUACAUCGCCAUGCUGGCCGUAGAUGUGAAGUAUCGAAAACGCAAAAUUGGUUCGAAUUUAGUAAGACGAGCAAUCCAGGCGAUGAUCGAGGACGAUGCAGACGAGGUCGUGCUCGAAACUGAGAUAACAAACCACCAAGCACUGCGGUUGUACGAAAAUCUCGGUUUCGUCCGGGACAAACGGCUGUUUCGUUACUAUCUCAACGGUGUAGAUGCACUUAGACUAAAACUCUGGCUUAGGUGAAAUUGCCCAAGUUUAUGUGCCUGUGCUAUUGUUGCAGCUACUUGUCCUCGUCGUGCCAGUACGAUUAAAACGAUAGACUUACGAUUAAUAAGAACAAUUUCGCGUUGGGUUUGUCGAUGGGGAAAGCGUUAAAAUGUAAAAGUUUUAAAGGGGAAGGAAUAAAAAAGGUUGCGACACUGCCUUUGUUGAACUCUA